AUGACAGCGUCUCAAUAUUUAUCUAUAACAUCGAAUAAAAAUCUUUUAAAUUAUAAUGAUGAUGAUGAUGAUAUUAUCACAUUUAAUAUUGGUGGUCAUAUUUAUUCAACAAAACGUUCAACAAUCAAUGACAAUGUUGAUUCUCAAUCAUAUCUAUCUUUAAUUAUAAAAAAUCAGACGAAUAUUCAAGUAAAUAAUAGUGGUCAAUAUUUUAUUGAUCGCGAUGGAAAACAUUUUUCUUAUAUAUUAAAUUAUUUUCGUGAGAAAAAACUUAUUUUACCAGAAAAUUUUAAUGAAUUAAAACAACUUUUAUAUGAAGCGAAAUUCUAUCAAUUAGAUCAACUUAUAAAUGAAAUUGAAAAUCAUUUAAAUAAAACAAAUGAAAAAAAUCAAGAAUAUUAUCAAGGUUUUCAAUUUACUUUAAUUUCAAAUUUAAAUCAAAAUAAAACCAUAUUAAAAUUAAUUGGUCCAUUAAAAUUAAUUACUUUUUUUCAUAUUCAAUCUAUUGGAAAUAAAUUUUUAAAUAUUAUUUCGUCAUUUAAUGAUCCAAAGAAUAUUUUAUGUCAAUUAUCUUUUCCUUUUAAUGAAAAACUUAUAUCAUGUCAACCAUCCGAUCAAUUACAACGUUUCGUACUUGCUAAACAGGCUAAAAAAAUGAAUUUAACUGUUAGUUAUUGUGAUGAUUAUUUUUAUAUACCUACGGAACGUAAUAUAAUGUCACGAGAUGAAUUUGCACAAUUAUUAUUAAAUAAAUGUGAUGGAAAAUUAUUAAAUACAAAGAUUAUGUAUGAUGAUUCACAUAUUCUAGUCGAAAAUUGGUUCCUACCAACAAAAUUUGAAGAAACAUAUUCGAAUGCAAGCAAAACAAGUGUACAUUAG